AUGAUAGAUCACGUCUUGGGACGGCCUUCGGUCAAGUCUCGAAGACUUCAAGUCCUAGCAGUGUUGACCUUUUGGUCCGCUUACUUGGUCAAAGGCCAUAAACAUGGUCCCCCAGGCGCAAAGUUCUUCUCGAGACUCUUCUCCAAACGUCUCACACCAUGGCAAACCGUCGCCUUAACCAUGAUAUAUUUAUACGCGGCUCGCAACUUCAGCACCCUCGUCGGUCUCGCCAGCCCAGAGCCCUUGGCCAACAUGUACGACGCCACCUACUACCGGGCCACAUGGGUCUUGACCGCGCUGGACGCUGGUUUCUGGACGGCCAUGAAAAUCAAGACGAAAUGGCUGCGCGACAUGGCCAGCAUUGUCUUCUCGCUCUUCUACCUCAUCGCUGCUGAAAAGGCCGACGAGAAAGUUCGCAAGGUCAGAGGUAUGAUCACGGUCGAGCACAUGCGCGUGUCCUGGAACAAGGGCACGUCGCCGUAUUUGAGUUUCUUCCAGGGCCUCAUGCGACCGCGUUUUAUGCGAUGGCCUCCGAGGCAGAUUCGGAUCCCCCGGCCUGCCGACAGCGACUACAAAGAGCCUGUUCUUGCGUGGUUGUACUAUGAUGGACCUUUGUCAGAUCUUGAGCGCCAUGAUCGGAUAAUUCUUGAUAUUCCGGGUGGCGGUUUCGUUGCUAUGGAUCCGCGCUGCAACGACGACAAGUUAUUCUCAUGGGCGGCUAAGUCAGGACUACCUAUUCUGAGUCUCGACUACAAAAAGGCACCCGAGUUCCCGUAUCCGUAUGCGCUGAAUGAGUGCUUUGAUGUUUACAAGACCAUCAUCAACACGAAGGGUCGAUGUGUCGGUCUACCAGGAACUGAAGUGCCUCGAGUCAUCGUCACAGGUGAUAGUGCUGGAGGCAAUCUUGCAGUCGCAGCGACUUUGAUGAUUAUGGAAUCAAGACAUCCGGCAUUCUGCAGACCAGGACAGACAGAGCUACCAGCUCCGGACGGACUCAUUUGCUUCUACCCAGCGCUGGACAUGAAUAUUGGUAACUGGAUGACUGACGAACAAAUGUCUCUCAUCAAGGAUCGAAAGGCGAGAAAGACGAACCGCAGAAUCAUGCGACGAAAGAGCAUGCAGUACAACGAGUUGGUGGGAACUCCUCACCAUUCUGAUGACGAAGAAGAAGGAUCGCCGCCACCGGACACUAAGCUGACCAGCAAACUGAAUGGCUUGACGGCAAAAGAGACUCUAAUUGCAGCUUCUCAGGGACCUAAGAGCCCACACCCAGAGUUUUCACACGUUGGACCUCGAUCUUUGAGCUUCCCAAAGGAGGCCUCAGAAGCUAAUGGAAAGAAUUCAUCUCACCAUGUUGAGCCAAUGAAGACACGGCUGGCCACAUCGUCAAUGAUCUCCUACUUUAACGAUCGAGUACUCACACCUGAAAUGAUGAGAGCAAUGAUCAUCUUGUACAUCGGUGCACACAACCGCCCCGACUUUAGCCAGGACUAUCUCCUCAGUCCUGUCCUCGCACCUGAAGCUUUGCUAGUUGACUUCCCCAAGACAUACUUCAUGACAGGAGAACGAGAUCCUCUUGUCGAUGAUACAGUUAUCUUUGCAGGAAGGCUUCGCCGUGCGAAAGAAGCUACGUUCAUGCAGGAUCAAGCAGGAAUCAACGGGGCAGAAUUCAACGAUCGGGAUGCUGCGGAGGUGAUGCUGAUCCCUGGAACAUCUCAUGGCUUUAUGCAGUUCCCGACAGUGUAUCCUCCUGCUUGGAGACACUUUGAACGAUGUGUUGAAUGGUUCGACCAACUAUUCGAGCAUGCACACAUAAUGCGCGUGCGAAAAGAUAGACAAUCCCGAGCCACAAGGUCGCAGACCAAUGGUUUCGGCGUGAAUGGUGACGGGAGACAUCAUCAACGCACAGAGUCCAGCGGAGAAGAGGACAAGCCUCUGGAAAUUAGCAUGACAAAGAUGAAUCAGCGACGAAGCUCGAACCAACCCUCGCCACCUAUACAGAAAGAAGAUUCUGUGUCAUCAGAAAUCAACGACGGCUAUGGAAGCGGAGACACGACGCCGCGACCAUACACAAACGGAUCUUCUCUUACGAAUGGAGAUAAGAAGAACACGUCUCGAAGAAAGAGCAUCGGGUUGAACAAGAGCAAGAAUAGAAAUAAGAGUCUUGUUAAGCUCAAGAGCUCUGAUGAUUUGCUUGGACGACGUAUGCAGGGUCUUGCGAGUGGAUUGACGGGGAUGGUUGGUGAUGAUGAUUAA